AUUUACGUCAUUGUCAGCUAUAAAAGGAGUGUUUUGUUUUGUGCUCGAUAUUUAGAUGUGAAAUUUUAUUUUAAAUUAUUUUUCAAGUAGUAGUUAGCAUUAUACUUAUAACAUGCAACGACUUUGACCAACGAAUUAAACAAAAAUCAAAAUACUCAACCGGGUCACAGACGAAAACAGACCGACAAAAAUUAGAGGUGCGUGUUUGCAUGAUCAUUUCGAAAGGUGCCUCUGCAUGAGAGUCUGCUGAGAGAAGCAGUUCGACCACGCGCUAUCAGUCUUGAGACCUUGACGAACCAGCCGGAAGAGAGAAACUCCGCGUGAGUCGCGAUCAAGCCGUGCGCGUACUUCAAUCGUGUCUUCAGUCGGCCACACUCAGUUCGCUCAGGAUGAUGCAGCAGCGAAAUAACCAGCAAAUUCGCCAGGCAAUGUUCGCCCGGGUCACGUUCUAUCCGACGUUGUUCUACAACGUAUUUAUGGAGAAGGUGACCAAACGAAACUGGUACGAUAGGAUUGACGAAAAUAUGAUCCUCGGUGCGCUACCCUUUCGCUCGGUAGCCCCGGAGAUGAUUCGGGAGGAGAACAUCAAGGCGGUGGUCUCUAUGAACGAGGACUAUGAGCUGUGGCUGUUCUCGAAUAAUCGAGACAAGUGGACUAAACUGGGGGUGGAGUUCUUGCAGUUGGCUACGACCGACAUUUUUGAGGCUCCCUGUCAGGACAAGCUGUGGAAUGGCGUCAGCUUCAUCAAUCGGUUUCUACCCCGGGAGAAGCGGAUCAGUACGAUGGCAGGUUCUGGCGAUGAUGACUUUCGGGAGGAUCGCGUGGGAACCGUCUACGUACAUUGCAAAGCCGGGCGGACCCGGAGUGCAACGCUAGUUGGGUGCUAUCUGAUGAUGCGCAACGGCUGGAGUCCGGAACGGGCGGUUGAACAUAUGCGCGCCUGCCGACCGCACGUGCUUCUCGGCAGCAAACAAUGGGAUGCGCUGCGGAUAUUUCACAACACCCGAAUAGCCUCAGCAUCUGCUGCCACCACCGCGACAUCCGGUCAGAAAGCACCGCAAACGAACUAAUGCAAAAUAGAACCAUUCAAUUGUAAAUAGGCGUUAGACGAAGAACAGGGCUGUCGGAUAAAAGAAUUAUUUUGGUAGGUUUAUGUGUUCCGGUUUAACUCUAUAUUUAAAUAAGAAAUAGCUUUUUGUUAUGCAAAUUUUGCGAUCUCA